AUGGAAAAACGGCUUCCAACACACACCCGCCGAGAAUCAUUUAGUCCUUCGCUUGGUUCACCAGACUCCGACACAUUCGCCGAAGCCCGAAGAGGCUCUGUCUCCUCACAUUCUGGUUCAAGUUAUUCGCUAAUCCACCAUCCAGAUAGCGACCUGGGUUCUAAUAAAGGCAGCCCUCCACGCCAAAAAGGCCCACCACCUUCACUCCGAAAACACCCAGGCCACCAACGAUCAUUCUCAGGUAGUUUCUCAGGCUCUCCGCCCGCAUCUCCCCGGGUUCCGGCUAUAAAAUCAAUGCGUCCAUCAGUAGAAAAGACAAAGACGCAUACCCCGCGUGGGAGCGUAGAUGAUGGCGAUUCGUUGUACAAGGGACCUCCAAAGCUUCAUAUGAUCCGUGGGAAAUGGAUUUAUUCCCGCCUGCGGACUAUUUUAUAUCUACUGAACUGGGCUACUGCGCUUUGCACGUUUGUCCUUGUCGUUUAUGUGUGGGCCGAUGAUUACCUACCAUACAAAGAUCGGGUCUCGACCCCCAGGCGGUUUUUGAGAGGUACUUGGGAGGAGUUGACGCAGGAACAGAUUGAUAGCGGGAUUAGAGGGAUGACGUUGAGGGCUUGGCCUGCGGAUAUCGAUUUGACGGGUGUUUAUUUAAUUAUUGCGAUUUGUGGUACCGGCACUGUCGUCUUCUUCGGAUUGUGGUUGCAGAAUAUCUUCCGAAGUGCGAAGUCGUAUUAUAUCAUGUUCACACGAACGGAAUAUUUUACUCUUGCCUUGCUUAUCAUCUGGUCUCUUGCAUUCGGUGCUACUGCCGGAUAUAUCACCCACAUCUUCAAGGUUGACAAUGAUGACCGUGACUUCUGGAGCUGGACUUGUACUCGUGUCGGUAUGGGUCAUGACAUUGUCUUCAAGCGUGAAAUCUAUUAUGACGGGGACUGUGAUCUUUUGACCGGUUCAUGGUACACAAUCCUCUGCCUCUGCGGCUUCUCUCUUUUGACCCUCCUCACCUUCCCAGCAAACAUCGUCUACCACUCUCUCACCAAGAACAGUGGCUACAGCCGCUUCGAACAAAAGCUAGGAUUGCGCGCCGAUCAAGAGGAACGUAUUGCGAGGAAGUUGGCGAAACGUCCACAGGAACAAUGGAAGUUUCCAAAGUGGGCGAAGCAGCCAAAGUGGUCAAAAUAG